UCUCGGUACCAGAGGGAGGAGAGGAGGGACAAACGGAGGCGACACACGCCGAGAAAAGGGGCGACGGAAACGGGAAAAGUAAGGCUGAGAUUAUCCAGAGCUUCCUCCGUGGGAUUCCAAACUGAAGGGCCCAAUGUGAGGUGGCAGACCAUCCAGAGAGGAGGAAACUUCAGUCUGGGCUUGAACUGAUCUCACACUCUCACUGUUUACCUUUGCUUCAACUGUGUAACCUCUCUCCAGCUCUCCCACACCUUCAUCUUCUAAGCUUUCCCUGAAUAAUCCCACCCCCAACACUUCUGUGGAUCUGGGACUCCGCCUACCUGGUCCCCUCUCCCCAGAGUCUACAACAGGGUGCCGAGGUGAUGGCAGUACCCAGUGCCCAAGAGUUUCAUUGGCAGAGCCUGGCUCGACUGUCCAGUGGCCGUGUCUAUCACACUCUCUCUGAGGUGGGUGGGCAGAUGUACAUGCUGGGUGGAUGCGAUGCUGCAGGAAGGCCUUGUCCGGGCCUGGAGGUCUACUCCCCUGAGGGGGAUCGGUGGAUAAGCUUGUCCCCUAUGCCCACUCCUCGUGCUGGGGCUGCUGUGGUAGUUCUUGGAAAGCAGAUCCUGGUGGUGGGAGGGGUGGGAGAGGACCAGACCCCUCUGAAGGUGGUGGAGAUGUAUAAUACAGAGGAAGGGAGGUGGAGGAAGAGGAGUGCUCUGCGGGAGGCACUGAUGGGUGUAUCCAUCACAGUGAAAGAUGGUCGGGCUCUUGCUGUAGGGGGAAUGGGUGCAGACCUGCUUCCCCGUAGCAUCCUGCAGCAGUACGACCUUCGAAAAGACGUAUGGGCCCUACUUCCUCCCAUGCCAACCCCACGCUACGAUGCUAACACACAUCUGCUGGGCAACAAGCUCUAUGUGGCAGGUGGUCGUCAGUGUAAGCGACCGUUGAAGGCCUUUGAGGUGUAUGACACAGAGACGCGCUCUUGGACUACGCUUCCCAUGAUGCCAUGUAAACGUUCCUAUGGGGGUGUGAUAUGGGACUCAGCGGGUAGGCUGUGCCUGUUAGGAGGACUGCGGCAGGGUGGGGGACACCAAAGCUCCAAGUUCACCAAGAACGUCAAUAUUUUUGACACUAACCAAGGUGCCUGGCUGAAGUCAGAGGAGACGGUGGCAAUGAAAACAAAGAGAGCUGACUUUGCUGCUGCCUUCCUGCGUGGACGGAUGGUGGUCGCAGGAGGACUCGGUCAUGAGCCUUCAGCUCUGGACACUGUGGAGGCCUUUCAUCCUCAGAAGAAAAAGUGGGAAAGAUUGGCUCCAAUGACCUUUCCCAGAUGUUCUUCUUCCUCUAUUGUCAUCAGAGAUCGCCUCCUGGUGGUAGGAGGAGUCAACCAGGUUCCCAGCUCGGCACACGAGAUCCUCUACAUUAAAGAAGAAGAGUAUCUGUAGCCGGUAGUGACUGACACCCAGAUGAAUGCAGCUGAUCAGUGAUUCCACUUCCUCCUUUCUGAACCAGACUGUAGUGCAGUAUUUAGGAAGCAUCACAAACACUGAGAAAUGAGUGAAAGUCCGGCUGCCUCCUGUAAUGUAUCAGAUAACACUGCCCCCUGCUGGACUUAACUGGCACUGAGCCCCACAUGUUAGCACACAUACUGUAUGCACAAUGGAGGAGCUGGCUCUUUCUUUAUACCGAGUUGAUUCUUGACACUUUUAUGUAUGCAACACUUCUGCAUUGUACGUUGUAGUGCAUACUUGAGGAAGGAACUAUUUUGUAGCCAUCAUGUUGAUUACUGUGGACAGGAGAAAUGUGGGAGACUUAUUUAUAUUGCAUAUAUAGUGAUUUCAUAUCUGCGUUUGUUUCGUUUGUGUGCAGCUUACCAACAAUUGAGCAACGGCAGAUUUUAAUUUAGGUAAAUGACAUGACUGCAAUCUUUGUCUCUGAUUUAAUCUGAUCUAGAAACAGUUCAAUGUUGGGUUAAUAAAGUAUACUGUAACAACAUUUGCACUGAAUCAAUCAACACUGAGUGGGAGCUUUGCCUUCAAUUAUUUCUAGUGUAAUGUGUUGUAGUAAUUACACUUAGAAUGCUGUAAUGAAACUCCUCUAUGCUGUAAUAGUGCACAUUUGUGACAUGCUGUAAUUCACUGCAUCCACGACUUGUAUUAAAUGACUGUAUCUUUGUGGUUUAACUAAUUAUUGAAUUGCUGUUAUAAGCAAAGGGAGGAAUCCUGUUGGACUUCCAGGUUGAUUGUAGACGUUCUAUUCCUGCAGCAAUACAGUUUCUGUUUCUCUGCGUUUUAUUUCAUGUAACAUGUGCUGUGCAGUAAUAUUGUAGUCAUUUCACUCAGGUUGUGAUGUUAUAGACUGAUUUUUUUGUGAUGACAUUUGUUUGCCUGUUCUUGUAGCUAACGACAAACUCUCACCUCUUUUGCUUGGCUUAUGUGACGGAUGAAUAAUCUGUGGACUUUUUAUUCAUUGUGAUGACAGUUCAACCUUUGUAAAAUGUUUUUUCAGUCUCCAACAUGAUCAUGAUCAGUUCUUGUUCCAACACCCAAUCAUGUCACCUCAUACUGACAAUAUGUCAUAUUGUUAUAUUCAGUGAAAUAAAA